AAUAGGCCUAAUGCAUAAAGACUGAGUGAUCAAUUUAAUAUGAAUAAUACAAAUAUAAAGAUAGCCUGACAGGGCCUAAUAACAAUGCAUUAUUUAUUAAAGUGCUAGGAUUUAGAAGGGUAUGGAUAGGCAUUUCACGUUGGACCACAUUCUACACUUUCGCUGCUUUGGAAAUAAGCCAAAACCUGUGGCUGGUGUCAAGCUAGCCUGAACAGAUACUUUCAGACAUCUAAUUUCUUCACUUCAUUCCUGAGGCAGGAGUACCCACCCCUUGUGUAAGCAAUUUAAACCUGAUAGGAGAUCAUCAGCUAUCUUCAGCCACUUCAGCCCCAGGACGGACGAGCAUCAGGCUGUGUGUGCAGCGCCACACAUCACACACACUUCACGAUGCUUUGACGCUCAGCUCACUUGUGUCGCGUCACUCCACUGAUUUUUGAUCUGGGAGAGUAAAUUAGCAAUUUGCUCCGACCGCCUCAGCAUUCGUUGUUUGUUGUUAAACUGCAUGCAAGCGCCUGAACGAAUGAGUGUAUCAAUACAAUUUUUAUAAUAUGAACUUUUUGCCAAGUGGAAUAUGUUUUUAUCUGUCCGUGGCAAUUUGCUGGUUCACAUCAAGGGUCGACGCAUCGUGGUGGUACAUGGGCACUCUUGGAUCGCAAGUGAUGUGCGACAACAUCCCGGGGUUAAUUAACAAACAACGCCAGUUGUGCCGCCAGCAUCCCAAGGUGAUGCAGGCUAUAGGAGCUGGAAUUAAAAACUGGAUUGGAGAAUGUCAGCACCAGUUCAGGAACCACCGAUGGAAUUGCAAUACCAUGGCGCGCGAGCACAAUCUUUUUGGGAGGCUUUUACAUCGAAGCAGCCGUGAGUCCGCCUUUGUCUAUGCCAUCUCCUCAGCAGGAAUGGUCUACACCUUGGCUAGGGCGUGCAGUCAGGGUGAACUAGAAAACUGCUCCUGCGACCCCGGAAAAAAAGGUUCAUCUCGUGAUGCCAAGGGAUCUUUCGACUGGGGUGGCUGCAGCGAUCAUGUUGACCAUGCUAUCAAGUUCACUCAGGUCUUCAUCGACGCCAAGGAGAGGAAGGAGAGAGAUGCACGAGCGCUCAUGAACUUGCACAACAACCGUGCGGGGAGGAAGGCUGUGAAGCGCUUUAUGAACCUGGAGUGUAAGUGUCAUGGUGUCAGUGGAUCAUGCAAUGUACGAACCUGCUGGUUAGCCAUGGCAGACUUCAGGCAGACUGGUGACUAUCUCCGCAAAAAGUACAACAAUGCCAUUCAGGUGGUGAUGAACCAGUAUGGAACAGGCUUCACCAGUGCUUACAGGAUGUUUAAGAGGCCCACCAAAAAUGACCUUGUCUACUUUGAAGACUCACCUGACUACUGUAUAUGGGACCACGAGUCUGGAUCUGUGGGCACAGGCGGGCGAGUAUGCAACCGUACGUCCCGUGGGGCUGACAGCUGUGAGGUCAUGUGUUGUGGGCGGGGCUAUGACACAUCACGCGUGAGCCGCACCACCAAGUGUGAGUGCAAGUUCCACUGGUGUUGUGCUGUUCACUGCAGGGACUGCGAAGAGGAGGUAGAUGUGCAUACCUGCAAAACCCAGUCAUGACCACACCACUCCUGCACUUCAGUUACCUUCCAAACUAAAGAUCCCACCUCGAACCUUUGACCUUGUACAGUGCUUUUCUCUGGCGAGUUAGAAAAAAGUAGACCAGACAUUUCAGCAAUGCAUACACAAAAGACCAGCAACUUAAAGGUACACUAUGUAACUUUUGCAUUUUGUGGAAGAACAUUGUUUUGGGUGGCACGACUGCGGAUGAAUAUGGUUCUUUCUCAUAACUAAAAAAAA